AUUUUUUACAUGAGAACUUUAUUUUCAGUUAAAAUAGAAUAUUCCAUUCAAAAAAUUAAGUAGAAGAUUCUGUGGGACCCAUAAAACUAACUUUUAAGUGGUUAAAAAUAGAUUUUAGAUUCUCUGUAAGGUAGUUUCACAAGUCGAACAGGUCAAAGAUGACCGAAGGAAUAUCUAAGAAGAGUCGGGUUGUCUAUAGAUAGAGAGUGAGAUAAAGAGAAUCUUAAAGAAUCUUUCUUGAGAUCAUCGUCUUCCUCCAAGUUAUGGCCGAACCAUGUCAACACAAAGCUAUCUGCAGCUGCCGUAAUGCUUUAGAGAGCAAAGACUACGUAAAGAACAAAAUCGAGAGCUGUAUUCAAAAGUACAUGGACGUGGAUGAAACCGCGGAUUAUCUGCAGAAGAAUGAACAAAUUAGUCCCAAUCUCACCAAAUCAAUUUGGGAGCAGCUUCAAAGAGAGAGUCCAGAUUUCUUCAAGAAUUACAUCUUAAGAUGCAGAGUUGCUCGUCAGUUAAAGAUGUUCAAUGAUAUGCUUGCUAAGCACGUAUCUGUGAUGUUCGAGCAUGGAGAUCUUGAUAUUUGUGGUGCAUCACCUGCGAUCCGGGCUUUUCUUCAACACCCUGAAGGAAGUCGUCUCUUGGAAAAGCUAGCUACUACUACUACACCUUCUUACACGACAAAGGCGAGUUUUGCAAGCUCAGCAUUGCCUGAUGCAAAUGGUUCAUCAGUAACGCAGUUGCAGAUUCCUUAUGAUCCGCAAAACCAACUCCAUCAAUGGUCUACAUCCAACGAUCUUGCUUCAGAUAACUAUCUUGGAGCUACAACCUUUGCACCAGCAACUACUGAUCCAAUAGUAACGCAGUCGCAAAUUCCUAAUGAUCAGGAAAAUAUUCUCCAUGAUUAUUAUACAUUGCCUACAACCAAUAAUCUUGCUUAUAACAAUCUUGGAGAUCCAACCAACGCACUAGCAACCACUGGUCGAUCGUGCACAUCUUAUGAUCCUGAUUAUAUAUAUAUUGACGCUCCAACCAUUGCACCAGCAACUACUGAUCAAUGGUGUCAAUCUACUGAUCCUGCUUAUGACUACCUUGGAGCUCCAACCUAUGUACCAGCAGCAAUUGAUCAGUGGUCUUCAUCUAAUGAUCCUUUCUAUACUGGAGGUCAAACCGUUGCACAAGAAUACCUUUCUACAUUUGACUUUGGAGGCGAUAUUGGAGAACACGCACCGAGUUUCCUGGACAGGGAUAUGGAAUUACCAGAACAACUAGUAAUGCAGUCCAAUGAACAGCUUUACGACCUAGAUGGACAAUACCAACAGCAAUCGCAGGUGCAACAAAACUUCUCAGUAGAAGCGCAGCAAACAGUGCAAUAUGGAGGAGGAAGCAACGGGUUCCAAUAUGGAGGAGGAAGCAACAUGAUGCAAAAUGGAGAAGGCAGCAGCAACAUGAUGCAAUAUGGAGGACUCAGCAAUGGGAUGCAAUAUGGAGGAGGCAGCAGCAACGGGUUCCAAUAUGGAGAAAGCGUUGACCAACAGUUAUGUUAUACAAACGUUGACACCUACCAACCAAUGCAAAUGUAUACAAGCGUUGAUCAGCAACAAGCACGAGGAGUAAAACGUCAUCAUCCUGAAUCUGAAGCUUUCAACAAUCCAGGCAUUGGUGAUGGGACACUAACAACGGCUCAAAACCAAAAUGAUCUCCAAUGGCAAGGACAACGACAAGGUCCCUGAAAGAGAUGAGCAGCAUCAGAGCGAAGAAACAAAAGAAAUUUUGCAAACAGUAGUGGAUUCUUUUGUUCCCUCUAUUUCUGUUAUGGUUUUUUAUUUUUUUUUAAUACAGAAACUGAAACCCA